AGUAUUUUAGUUCAGCGGCAAGGACUUUAAACCACCCACCACUACUGAGCCACAGCCAGAUCACAGCAUUAGGAGACACUAUGUGGUAAAUACUGCAGAGAUGGUUGACACAGUGCACUGAGAUGCAGAAGAUAAUAAUACAGUAUGAAGGGGGGACGGACAUCAGAUGGAUCAAAUUGGACUGAAGGGACAAUAGAAGCAGCUACUUCUGGCUUUUUAGUACUCAAGGUGAAACAACACAGCGGGAAACAUGUCUGUGGCUUUGUCGCGCUGUCUCUGCAGGGUGUUGUCCCGACAGACCGCUCCGUCCAGCUUCCUGUUGGGAGAACAUCACCAUGCUGUACAGAGUCCUUGGUUUGCACCAGUGAUGACGCUGAAGACAUCCGCUCCGCUGAGAGCGGAGCCCAAAAAGAAGAAGAAAGUGGACCCAAGAAGGGAACAGAUGAUAAAAGAGAGGCUGAGAAAGAAGCUGAAGAAGCUGGAGAAGGUUCCACCUGAGCUCAUCCCGAUAGAGGACCUUAUCACUCCAGCCAAAUGCUUGGAUGAAACAAGGGAACGCUCUGCACCAAGGCUGUCAUUUGAAGAAAGUGAGGGCCGAGCUCUGCUUCUGAAGGAGUGGAGCCGAUACAAACAGGAGCAGCACAUGGCUGAAGUGCAGGCUGUUGAACUUUCUCUAAAAGCACAGAGGGAGGCGCUGGAGGAGCUGAAGUUAGAGUCAGAGGAUCUGUACCAGGCAGCGCUGAAGCCAGACCCCCUUCUGUUUCCCUUCACUCAUGAAGGUCCUACCUACACACCGCCAAAGACCACGUAUGAAGCGCCUGAUGGGAAGUACAACAACAUCACUAAAGUCUACACACAGUGAUGGACAGUGAACAGCUGUGGGUGCAGCCUGUGUAUAGUGUCAUAAAUUGCAUGUCCUUGUUUGUACAUGAUUCAAUUAGCCAAGA